AUGUCAAGACGUAGAAUUAUUGGCCCUGUGUUUUUCCAUGACACAGUCAAUGCAGAAAGGUACCAAGCUUUGUUACAAGAAUUCAUUGAACAAUUACAUCCUGAUGAAUUGCAACAAGGAUUUUUUCAACAUGAUAAUGCAACGGCACAUACUGCACGAACAACUGAAAGAUUCCUUCAAGAAUUUUAUGAUGAUCGAGUAAUUGGUAGAGGAUGUUGGCCACCUCGCUCACCCGAUCUAACCCCUCUAGAUUUCUUUUUAUUUGGUCAUUUAAAAAAUUCUAUCUACAAAAACCGGUUACAUACCUUAGAAGAAUUGGAAGAUGCAAUAAGACAAAACGUUCAGCAAAUAACCGGAAAGCAACUUGUACACGUCUUCGAUAAUAUGAAGAGAAGAAUUACGUUAUGUUUGGAAAAUAAUGGUCAACAUUUUGAAUUUUUUUUAUAA